UAAGCGAUGACGUAUUUAACUGGUUGAUUGUAUUGUCGCAUAUAAGAGCCACACAUUUCUGUUUCAUGUCUCCUUGUUUUGUUGCACUCUCUUACAGUCUCAAUUAAUCCAGUACUUACACCCACACAUCCCAUCCACCAUGGCGCACUUAUUAAAUACAUUCUUCCCUCACAACGAAUCCUUCAACUUCGAAGCACUCCGAGCAGCAGGUUAUGCCAGUCUAGGCGCUGCAGAUCUUGGCGAAGUCAUCACCAUCUGCUCCCGCAUCCCCUCCGGCAACGAGGAUAAGUGGCUGGAGGAAUGGCAGAAAGCUGGUGAUAGAGCCAUCACAAAUGCGCGAACCAGUUUGUCAAAAGGCAACAAGCUAGAUGGCAAACUUUCUCUCCUACGCGCAUCCAACUACUACCGCACGGCAGACUUUUACCGCCGCGAUGAUCCCUCCAACGACGCGCUCUCCAAGAAACUGGAUGAGCUCAGCGGCAGUGCAUUCUACGAAGCAAUGACCUUUAUGAACUUUGUCACCACCAAAGUCGAGAUCCCAUAUGAGAAGACAAAACUGCCCGGAAUAUUGUUGCGCCCUGACAACAGCAACAAGCCCAGGCCUACACUACUCAUCAACGGUGGCUACGAUUCCACCAAGGAAGAAGUCGUCUAUGCACUUGGAGCUUCUGCCCUGGAACGUGGGUUUAACGUUCUUGCAUUUGAUGGCCCGGGCCAAGGAGAAACUCUGCGAUACAAGGGUCUUGCCUUUCGUCCUGACUGGGAAGCAGUGGUGACCCCAGUUAUGGAUUACCUCGUUGCACAGCCAUUCGUGGAUGCGAAGAAAGUCGUAAUUCACGGCGUCAGCUUUGGCGGAUAUUUGGUAGCACGCGGAGUAGCAUUCGAGCAUCGAUUCGCAGCAGUCGUCCUCAACGACGGGCUCUACAGUUUCGCCAACGCAUUCCUUAACAAAACGCCUCCAAUGGGAUUGUACUUCGUUAACAACAACUGGGAUUCUGUUGUUAACUUUGUUAUUGGAUGGAAGAAGUGGGCGGAAACAGGAGUGAAAUGGGCCAUGUGCAACGGUCGAUGGGCAUUUGGCUUGAAGUCGGACGCCGAGGUGUAUCGCGCGGCACGCAAGUACACCCUCGAGGGUAUUGCGCAUAAGAUUACCACGCCAACCCUGGUGCUUGACCCUGAGGACGACCACUUUUUCAAGAAUCAGCCAAUGCAGGUGUUUGAGAAGUUGACGUGUGAAAAGAAACUGGCUGUACUGUCCAGGGACGAAGGUGCAAGCACACAUUGCUCAAUUGGUGCGGGCGCCAGAUUGAACCAGGUUGUAUGGGAUUGGUUAACAGAAGUUCUCGCUCUGAAUGCUUGAUUCUAUAUGAUAAAAGCGUUUUCUUAGACACUUUGUAUACAAAUUAAUAGCGCCUUGUUUAUGAAAAUACAACUCCAGUUCGGGUUACGAAACUCGCAAUAUAUUACCAUG